GGGAAACGGAAGCGGAAGUGCCGCCAUCUCCUCGUACCAGCCGAGCAACAGCAGGGUCAGUACAGAUGUUAUUUGAGAAAGUAGCGCUAUUAUAUUCGCAAAAGCGGUUACAUGACACGUUCUAUAUAUAAAUGCCGAGCACGACUCGAGGGGCGAUAGUUGUGAAGGAAAACCGCUGCCGAGUCACUCUGUCACGCACUCACACGCGUCUCUUUAUGAGUUGAGUUAGCAUAGCGCGGCAGCUCACGUCUCUAGAUGAGUGUUUUUAAUUUAGCACCGUGACAGAGGCAACAGCGCGCUCCUUUACUCCCGUCUCCACUGACAAUAACCCGCUUUCUGCUAUUCGGCUGGAUGUCUGGUGGUGUUUGAGAGGAAGAACAGAAGCUCAGCGAUAAUUCACCCCACAUCUGUGCUUCUGGGCCCUCAUGUGGCCGCCGUGCAGAGGUUUGGAACAGUGGACAGGCUAAGCACUCAGAGACCCCGACCUGAGCACACACACAAAGAGAGACCGAGAGGGGGGGAGAGAGACUGACACUCCCAGAUUUUGCAGAACCUGAUAGCCAGCCUGUUGCCAUGUCGACAUCAUCUCUGCGGCGACAAGUGAAGAACAUUGUUCACAAUUACUCAGAGGCAGAGAUAAAGGUUAGGGAAGCAACCUCUAAUGACCCAUGGGGUCCCUCUAGCUCUCUGAUGUCAGAGAUUGCUGACCUGACAUACAAUGUUGUGGCCUUCUCAGAGAUUAUGAGCAUGGUCUGGAAGAGACUCAACGACCAUGGGAAGAACUGGAGACAUGUAUAUAAAGCUAUGACUCUUAUGGAGUAUCUGAUAAAGACGGGUUCAGAGAGAGUGGCACAGCAAUGCAGGGAAAACAUCUACGCCGUUCAGACGCUCAAAGAUUUCCAGUACAUUGACAGAGAUGGCAAGGACCAGGGUGUGAAUGUACGGGAAAAGGCCAAGCAGCUGGUGACUUUGCUAAAAGAUGAGGAGAGGCUACGAGAGGAGAGGAUCCAUGCACUCAAGACCAAAGAGAAGAUGGCACAGACCAGCAGUGCAUCUUCGGCCCCUUCUGCUCCUGCUUUAGGGGGAGGACUGCACUCGGGAGCAGACGCUGAGCAGGCGUGGCCCCAGAGCUCUGGAGAGGAGGACCUGCAGCUCCAGCUGGCACUGGCCAUGAGCAAGGAGGAGGCGGAGCAGACUAGCAAAGACCCUCUGGAAGAUGCAGAGCUCCGCUACGCACUCACAGUCAGCCAGGAGACUCACCAAAAGGAGGAGCGUCUGCGCAGGGGAGACGACCUGAGGCUGCAGAUGGCCAUCGAGGAGAGUAAGAGGGAGAAAUCCAAGCCCGAGGAGUCGUCUCUGAUGGAGUUGAGUGCCGUAGAUCCAUGGGGGGCUCCUGCGACGGGCUCCGCAGGACCCUCUCCUCCUCCCGCUUUGGCUCCUGCGUCUACCGCUGGGCCAUGGGGCCCCGCUGACCCGUGGGGAGCCGCCUCCCCCGCCUCUCCCCAGAGUGCUGACCCCUGGGGAGGAGCACCGGCAACAGUAGCCCCGGACCCAUGGGGCGACUCGUCCUCUAGAGUGAACUCUGACCCCUGGGCGUCCACAGCUGUGACCCCUCCAAGUGCCGACCCUUGGGCUCCCUCAGUGGCUCCGGCCCCUACCCCGCUCUCAGGGUCAACCGAUCCCUGGGCAGCGGAAGGAGCUGCCCCUGCCACUGAUGGUCUGAUCUCUGACCCCUGGAGUGGUUCAUUUAAACAAACUAACGGCACAGCAGAUCCAGAGAGAAGAGGCUCCUCAGUGACAGGAGGUGAUACUGGAGGUGGAGGCAGCACAGGCUCUCCGGUGCCCUUUGAUCUUUCAUCGCUCAGUUCCUCCUUGCCUGUUCGAAAAACACCAGAGUCAUUCUUGGGUCCCAAUGCUGCACUCGUGGAUUUGGACUCGCUAGUAUCAUCAAAACCCAAACCUAAACAAGCACCACCGCCAAGCAUCUCCUCCACAUCUCACAACCCCUUCCUACAGACGCAAGGUCCCUCCUCAACAGGUAUGGGAGUUACUCCAGGCAGUACCAUUUCCAGUAGAGGGGUGUCUCCGACCCCGCCUUCUGCUUCUAAUCCUUUUGGCGCGACCCCGAUGGCAUCCAUCUCCCCUCAACCUUCUUCGCUCAGUCUAAGCCAGCUCCGCACGAGCCCCAUUCCCCAGAAUCCUAUGCUGGGUCACAUGCCUCCACCAGCAGUGGGAAUGGUUCAGCCGGGGAUGGGCAUGCCAGGAAUGGGGGUCCCUAUGGUGGUCCCUGGUAUGGGCAUGGGAAUGGUACAAUCCAGCCCAAUGGGCAUGCCUUUUGGUGGAAUAUCCCCCAUGGGUCCUGCAGGAAAUCCCUUGCUAAUGGGCCCCGGAGGCCCUGCGCAGCCUGCACUGAUUUUGGGCGGGCCGUCGGGGGUGGGUGGAGUAAUGGGAACAGGAGGAUCCAUGGGAGGUGGAACCACAGGCGCAAGCACCAAUCCUUUCCUUCUUUGAGAGAUUUCACAAAUCCCGUGUGCCCUGUCCACUCAACAACCAAUCCAAACCUGCCCUACCAACACAAACAGUUUGUGU